UAGGCGUCGAAGUCCAUGUGACUCGGCACGUUCAUCCGCGAAACUGACACUGUAUAUAUUCCCCGCCGACCGCCGGCGACGGCGACUGCGAUUGUUCCGGCGGAGGUGGAGGCACUAAGUGGGGAGAUGGGGAGGAGAUUGGCGGUGUCGGAGGCGGUCCAGGGGUCUUCGUCCUCGGCCCCGGCGGCGGCCGCCACGGGAGCCCAGGAGUCGCAGACGCAGAUGGCCGUGGUCGUGCCGCCUCGGAAUCUGCCUCCGGCGUCGAGCAAGUCGACGGAGUUCCCUGCGCGGCCGGGGUACGGGACGGCCGGCAAGAGGUGCCGGGUGCGCGCCAACCAUCUCCUCGUGCAGGUCGCCGACAAAGAGAUCUACCACUACGAUGUACGUAAUGUGUCUCUGCUUUCGCUCACGUGGUACUCUUCUUUUGGAAAGGAAAGACCUCUCUCUAAAUUGUUGGGUCAAACCUUGUCUCCGAGGCAUGGCUACAGCGGCAGCAACAGCUUGCAUGCAACGGCAGUAGUAGUUGUUACUCAGCUAUGA